AUGGCUACGACGAUCACUGAGAUUCCCACUGACCAUUUCGAUUCCGUUGUCGAUGACGUCAUCUCCGGUGGUGGUGGUGACGGAAUUGAGAAGAGCGAUUCUAAACCGGAAAUUGAAUCGGAGCUCAAAACCAAAUCCGACGAACCGGAGAUUGAUCAAAUGAAGAAGCUUGUGGAUAUGUUUAAGAAACUCAAUCCUGAAGCUAAAGAGUUUUUCCCUUCUUACAAGAAGAAUAACAAUCAAUCUCUCGACGAUUUCAUGGUCGUUAAGAAACCAUCUGGUGAAGAUGACAACAAGAAAGAUGCCAUUAACCGGAGGAGAAGAAGCAAUUAUAACCAAGGGAGGAGAGUGAGGUUACCUGGAAGAGCUUCAAAGGCUCAAAGAGAAGAUAGUAUUAGAAGAACAGUUUAUGUCUCUGACAUUGAUCAGAGUGUGACUGAGGAAGUUCUCGCUGGCUUGUUCAGCGGUUAUGGACAAGUUGUUGAUUGUCGAAUCUGUGGAGAUCCACAUUCGGUUCUUCGCUUUGCAUUUGUUGAGUUUUCUGAUGACCAAGGUGCACGAGCGGCUUUAACUCUCGGUGGAACAAUGAUCGGAUACUAUCCAGUUAGGGUCUUACCUUCGAAAACCGCUAUCCUUCCAGUGAAUCCCACAUUUCUCCCCAGGUCAGAAGAUGAAAGAGAGAUGUGUACAAGGACCAUCUACUGCACAAAUGUCGACAAGAAUGCCACUGAAAAUGAUGUCAAAACCUUCUUUGAGUCUGGCUGCGGUGAGGUUAUUCGCUUAAGGCUUCUUGGUGACCAAUUGCAUUCUACUCGCAUAGCUUUCGUUGAAUUUGCCAUGGCAGAGAGCGCAGUUGCGGCGCUCAACUGCAGCGGAAUAGUUUUAGGAUCUCAGCCGAUAAGGGUAAGCCCUUCAAAGACACCCGUGAGAUCACGAAUCGCUCGAUCACCUUAA